CAUCAAUGAAUUGUUUAUAUCCUGCGUGGCGUUUACAUCGUCGCAUAGGAAAAUAGGUUUUGAGUAGAGCCGUUGAGUAUGUGGUUGUAAUCUAUCAUAAUCUGCAUUAGUAGUUGUUUUUUUACUCUAAUAAUUAGUUAAAAUGUUUCCCAAGAAAUUAAUGCUCAUUCUUUUAGUUGUCUUUCCCAUUUCAUUUUUAUGUUUAACUAAUUCUAAAGUUAAUGCACAAAUUGAUUUAGAAGAUGAUGACUCUGAAGCCGAAGUUGAAGACUUGAGACCUGAUUCUGACAGUGCUGUGGUCGGUGGCCAAGAAAGUAUUCUAAACGAAGAUGAAUUGGAUGAUAAUAAGAUAAAACCGUCCCCAGAUGUCGAUACAACUUUUCUCUUUACUCAGCCUAGUGGUUUGGAAGCUCAGUUACCUGCAGGAAAAGAUGUCCACUUCUUGGUCGGUUUCUCCAACAAAGGCAAUAAAGAUUUUAUUGUGGAAUCUAUGGAUGCAUCUUUCAGGUACCCUUUGGAUUUUUCCUUCCACAUUCAAAAUUUCAGUGCCAUUCCAUACAACCGUGUUGUCAAACCUAAACAAGAUAUCACCCUAUACUAUGCAUUCUACACCAGCGAAACCUACAGUUCCCGUCCUUUCGGCCUUGUUGUCAACCUCUUUUACAGAGAUAUAGAGGGCAAGCAAUAUUUAGAUGCUGUUUACAAUGACACCAUCACCAUUGUGGAAAUUGAUGAAUCUUUGGAUGGUGAGACCUUCUUCUUGUAUAUCCUGCUAGCUGCUGGUCUCGUUCUCAUUCUAGUUGUUGCUCAACAAUUCUUGGUUAAUUUCACCAAAAAGAAGAUCUCAUCUGGACAAAAAAUUGAAACAGGAACCCAGAAUCAUCAAUUUGAUGUCGAUUACGAUUGGUUGCCAAAGGAAGCCCUUAAUAACUUCAACAAUAAGUCACCCCGCAGAUCGGAAAGGUUGUCACCUAGGAAAGCAAAGAAUCAAGUGAAAAAUUCACCAAAGCAGACAUCACCUAAACAAGUCACGCAGCGGAGGGUAAAACGAGGAGGCAAGGAUGAAUGAUUGGAACUAUAAAACAGAGUCGCAGACAUCUGAAGUGUGUAAGACUCUGAAAAAAAAAACUAAAAAAAAUUAGCAAAAAGUGAAAAAAAAAAUUAUAAAAAUAAAACUGUUUUCUAGUAA